UUUCGGAAUUAAGAAUAAUCAGAAGAAAAAUAUCGUGUAUGUAGAGCAAAUCAUUUUCUCCUUACGAAAUGCUCAACAAAUGUUGGAUCAUCAAGUAAUCGAUCGGUCAAGUUUGAUUGAUCCGUGAUCUGGACGUGUAGUGUCUCAUCGUAUAGUAUGAUUUUUAUAUUGCGAAUCGAAGAUUUUAGCUAUGGUUUAAUGGCUGAUCUUUGCAAUUCGCGACAGUAAUUGAAUAGUUUUCGUUGUUUGGUGAUUUUAAAUUGUAAUCCCUGUGUAUGUGUAGAACAUCGAUGAUGAUACUCUUGUGAUGAGUUUGAAUUUGAAAUAAUGCUAUUUAGGAUGAGUGAGCCUCCCUUGUUCUCUUUAGUGGUUUUUAUUAAAAUCAUAAUUCUAGGCUACAAUGAGAGACAGGGUUUAGAACUGAUUAUCAAAAUCUUUGAAACAGACUUGGGGUUGAAGUUAGAAACUAUAGUUCUUAUAUGUCUGAAAGAAUGGGGGAUACAUAUUUCUAGAUUUUAACAAUGUUUAUUUCACUGAUGCGUGUUUUCUGCAGCUACGUACAUUAAUUUUAACCUGCAUUAUUACUUUGGCAUAUUCUCAUCUCUUUGUGUGUGUUAAUUAAAGACAAUGUGUGCUUCUUUGAGUUCAUAUCAUUAAACCUAAAGUUUGCUUGACUCUCUAUCCUCUCAAAGAAAGAAGAAGACAUUAAUACUGAAAGCAUCGAGCUAAGUGUUUGUUCUUGACAGACGCUCCCAGAAGAUGUGCUCUCUAAGAUGAGUGCACCGCCAAAGAGUGAUGCUCCUCUUAUCACCCCCAACGAUCUUGCCGAGGCUGAUGGCUUUGUCUUUGCCUUCCCAACAAGGUUUGGUAUGAUGGCUGCUCAGUUCAAGGCCUUCUUAGAUUCAACUGGUGGCCUCUGGAGGACUCAGCAACUCGCCGGUAAGCCAGCUGCCGGAAUCUUCUACAGCACCGGGUCUCAAGGUGGCGGUCAAGAAACCACCGCAUUAACUGCCAUUACUCAGCUGGUUCAUCACGGUAUGAUAUUUGUCCCGAUGGGAUACACGUUUGGUGCUGGUAUGUUUGAGAUGGAGAAGGUGAAAGGUGGAAUCCCGUACGGUGCAGGAACAUUCGCAGGAGACGGGUCGAGACAGCCAACGGAAGUCGGAAUUGGAGUUGGAGCAAGCAUUCCACCAGGGGAAGUACAUUGCCGCCAUUAGUAAGAAGCUCAAGGGACCUGCUGCUGCUUAGAUUCUCUCUGAAAAGAUGAAUUCUAUUAUAUUCUUGAUUCUUUGAUUCUACAAUUUGGUAUUUUGUGAUUUUCUCGUUUUGGAAUGAUCUAACAUCGAAAUGAGUUACUUCAGCUCACAGCAAUAAAAAACUAUUGCUUUGA